UUUUUAGUUGCGGAAUCGCUAUCGCUUGGAGAGAAAUUUUAGUGUAAACACACAUUUGGUCGCUUCCUAGGUGCGCUUACAAAUUUGCCUAAUUUCUCCAAGCUUGCAGUUAUGGCAGUGGCUUUUUUGAUGCUACAAAUUGUGCGGCGUAGUUGACGUUCGCGAUCUCAAGUCUGCCGUAUCUGAACCCACCGAGCGUUGAGGGUGAGAGAAAGAAAAAAAAAUGGGCAGCUGAGCCCAGGACAGCUGACAACAAGGGAUCCGAAUAAUAUCGCUCAUUUUCGGGGGCAGGCUCAAGAGGACUGUUCCGAGGGUUUCGCCGCAAGUUGCGGCAGCGUUUCAUCCCGAGUUCCACCAAGUUUCGCUGCGCACAGAGAUGAGCCCCAGAUCGGCGUCGGGUGAAACGCUGGAUGUUAUAAUUUGGGAGGUAUAAAUUUCUGUGGGCCGAUCGGCCCAGCGGUGCUCAGGCGUGGUAAUGUUUGACUGGGACGAAGGAGAUCGUUUUUCCUUCGAGGACAGCGACCGCUUUGAAGAAGAUUCUCUCUGCUCUUGGAUCAGCGAGCCCGAAAGUCUCUGUAACAACUGGAGAGGUUGGAAAAGGCCGACGGGCAACCCAUCUCACGCUUCGGCGCUUCACGGCGGUCAUUGUCGCUCAAAAGCUGAAGGAGGCCUGGUGUUGCCCUUAGUGGAGCUUGCAGCUAGGGAGGUUGCUGCACACAUUCCUUUUGAAGUGGUUGAACAUGUGUACCCACCAGUCCCAGAACAGCUACAACUACGCAUUGCUUUUUGGAGUUUCCCUGAGAACGAAGAAGACAUCAGAUCCAACUGCUGGAGCAUCUGCAUAUGAACAGACGACAUGGUGCCUUGAUGAGGGAACCCUGCACGAAAACAUACGAAAGAUUCUUAUUAAGCUUUGCGUCCCAUCGCCAAUGGUGUUUAGCGAUGUCAACUACCUGUCCUCAACAGCACCACCAGCAGCCACUGAGUGGUGCAGCCUCCUCCGCCCACUUCGUGGCAGGGAGCCCGAGGGCAUGUGGAAUCUACUGUCUAUUGUACGUGAAAUGUUUCGUCGUUCAGAUCGCAAUGCCAUCCCUCUUCUGCAAAUCUUGACGGAAGAAGUUUUGGCCUGCGAACAGAUCCUGUGCUGGUGGUUUAACACCAAGGUCUCCCUGCAUACCGGAUCAAAUGGCCACGGAGGUCGUGCAGUCGGCCACGGCAAUGCCCACUCGUCGCAGCAUGCCUGCAGCAGCCUUUGUGAUGAGAUAGUUGUUCUUUGGAGGCUGGCUGCUCUCAACCCAGCCUUGUCACCUCAAGAUAGACGCUCCUUCUUUGUUCAGAUGGGCGAGUGGCACGUGAAGACAUUGGAACGGGUCUGCAAAGUUCGUGCAGGCAGCAACAAUGUGGUUGGCACAGGCGGAAAUGGUGGCCUGAGUGGGGCUCGUCGAUCCGACCUGGAUGUGUUCCCUGGCUUCAAGCCCUCACUGGAGGCCUGUUUGUUAGACUGGACAGACUACCCAAUUGAAGGAAUUACCUAUGCUGAUGGCGGUGCUUGCAGAUCCUGUUCGCUCGUGCAGAAGCACUGCACGCUCAUGGUCACACUCAGGAGGCCAGCAAACUGGCAGUGCGUCUUGCACAUGAGCUGCUGGCUCAUCCACCAAGUUUGGAAGUGGACGGAUUGAUUGCAUCAGCUCAGCCUGGGAAGACAACCGGCAACCGCCGUGGCCGUCGCUUCAACCCUGUUUGGCACCAGGUGAGCCUUUUGGCAUCAGCAACUUUGGCCAAGGCUGCUUUCCUAUGCCAAGUGCUGGGUGAAAACCAGGAACACCAUCACUUGGCCUUUCGCAUUGGACUCUUCGGACUGGAGAUGUCUCGGCCACCAGCUUCUACAAAAGCUCUUGAAGUCAAGUUGGCCAACCAAGAGCAAGAUCUCGUUAGUCUGUUGAAGAAGAUACCAUUGGGGGAUGCAGAGCUGAACGACAUCAGAGAGAAGGCGGAAGCCUUGCGUGAUCAUAGGCUGCAGUCUCGGGGUGACGCACUGCUUCCACUCAUGCUUUCAAGCUACAUCUUCGAUGCCCUGGUGCUUUCCAAGAACAACACAAAAGGUGCACCGAAUCCAGGCACUAAGCUGCCGUCAGAUGAGGCUUUAGGCUUUGAAGCAGCUGUAGCUGCUUUAGGAUUAAAGGCAAAUGUAUCAGAAGCUGAGCAUCCAUUGUUGUGUGAAGGAACAAGACGGCAAAGGGGUGACCUCAGCAUUACUUUGCUUGUGUUCUAUAAAGAUGAUCAAGAAAAGCUUGCCAAGAUUAUGGAUCGCUUGCUGGACAAAGAGGUCCACCAAAUGUAUAAAAGCCCACCACUUAGUUCUUACUACAGCACCUCUACUCCCCCUGUGGCAGCUGCGCUGAAUGCAUCAUUUCCUGCAUCCGAGAGCACAUCUGGCAGCUCGUCCUGCACGCCACAGACCAAGGCCGAUGACUUGGCACCAUCCACUUCGGCACCAUCUACAAGCAAUGCUGUAGAGCGUAGCACUGACUCCACCAGCUGUGUUAGUGCUGCCAACUGCCUUGGUGAUGCCACUGCAGUUGUAGCAGCAACAGCACCAGCAGCCACGGUAGCGGCAACAGCUGAAUCAGGAAGUCCGCCACCUCUGGCUUCUGGAGGGAUGCGCCAGGAACACUCUGGGGGACCAAGGGUCAAAUCACACCGGCACAACAGAAGUGCUGGUGACAGUGGUGAUCGUAGUGAGGGGGCUUCAAGUCCUGGCUGGGAGGAAAACUUCAAGGCUUGGGAAGCAAAAUUCCGGUGUACAAACUUCCGGACAACAAAGAAGCAUUCAGCAGGCAUGGCCAGCAUUGACAGCAGUGCACCUGAAACAACGUCAAGUGACAACUCGCCUACAGUGGUGCGGCGCGGUGGCUGGGGUCGCCCGUGUGGACCUGGCAGUGACAGUGGCAGCAGUGGCGAGAGUAGCGACUCAGUUGUGUCCAGCUCCUCUGGGGACCGGGCCACUGGGGUAAAGGCUCGACACACAGACAGCUUGUGUGUGCUACCAUCGGACAGCCCGCCACCAAACUUGCAUGCAUCCGUUGGGGCAGCACCUUCACGCUUCUUGGCAUCCGGAGGUGGGGCCCUUUCUGGGGCUGGCUCUGGGUCUCGGGCUCCGGCUGCUGUCGCUGCAGCCCCUCAGAAGCCCCCACCUCCGAGCCGCCUGAAGGGCAAGCGAGGUGCAUGCCCAAGCCUGCCCAACCAGCCGAGCGAGGCCUCGGCCCACUUCAUGUUUGAGCUAGCCAAGACUGUGCUGACCAAGGCCGGUGGCAACUCGAGCACGGCGGUUUUGUUCACCCAGCCCUCGGCCAGCCAGAACCACAGGGGCCCCCACCGAGCACUGCACAUGUGCGCCUUCCAGAUUGGCCUCUACGCAUUGGGCUUGCACAAUGCAGUAUCCCCAAACUGGCUGUCACGCACCUACUCCUCUCAUGUUUCCUGGAUCACAGGGCAAGCCAUGGAAAUUGGCAGCAGUGCGCUCAUGUUUCUAAUGGACACGUGGGAGGGCCACCUGACACCCCCGGAAGUGGCAUCUUUGGCAGACAAGGCAUCACGAGGCCGAGAUCCGGCCAUGGUGCGGGCCGCUGCACAGCUGGCCUUGUCCUGCUUACCACAUGCACACGCUCUCAACCCUAACGAAAUCCAGCGAGCUCUCCUCCAGUGCAAGGAGCAGUCAGCUGCUGUGCUUGAGCAGGCAUGCUUAGCUGUGGAGUCUGCUGCCAAAGGAGGCGGUGUUUACCCAGAGGUUCUUUUCGACGUUGCUCGCCGAUGCUAAAUCAGACGCAGCUGAACUACCUCCUGUCGUCCUAUCGAGUUGGACUGCUCGCCAUGGAGACGCUGGCUCGCAGGGUGCAUGAUGACAGGCCUCAAGCGAAGUAUGCACGAAACCCGCCUUAUGGAGAAGAUGUCAAGUGGCUUCUAGGAGUGGCCAAAAAACUAGGUACCUCCUAUUUGCAAGAGUUUUGCAUCUGUACAGUAAACAGCGUAGCCAGCCCCUUCAUCUUGUAUGAUAUUGUCACGGACACGGCCCAUCACUUAUCACGCUCUGGCUCGGCAUCACUGUCUAUGCCAAUUCGAUCUCAUGUCCUCACACCACUCAUCCAGAAGUGCCAGCAAAUGUUCAUCGCCUGCACCCACACCAAGAUGUACCACAUCACCUCUGUUGAAUAUGAUGAAUUCAUCAACACCCUUCGUAGCGCUCGUGCAGCUUUUAUGCUGACUCCUGGCGGCAUGGUGCAGUUUACAGAAUUGCUGCACAGUCUGCGACGCUCCAAGUCUUGCAAAAAAGAUCUCUGGCAACGCAUCAAUACCAUGGCGUCAUCAAGUCCUCCCAUCUGACGCCAUCAUGGCCUAUUAGGCACCCGCAAUUGAUGGCUCUAACUGAAACUCAUUUCUUACCCGUGUUCCUUUGUGUUUUCUGUUUUGGCUCUGUCUCUGUCGUCAGUGUUCUGCAUAUUUCAUAUAGGAACAGUGUGCACGACUGAGGGGUAAACUCUUCUCGAGUCUUUGCCUACACCAGCCUUGGAUAGUGCCGAUAAAUUUCAGUGAGAGUGGUACGAGAACUGAUCAUAUAUUUGGCCUGAGGGACCUUGUUGUUUGUGCGAAUGCAUCUGCAACUUGCAGCAACUGUAACAUUGUUAAUUUAUUGCAUACUCCCACUGUGUGUGGUGUCUGUGUGUGUGUGUCUGUGUGUGUGUGUGGGUGGGUGGGUGGGUGCGUGUGUGUGGGUGUGCGUGCAUGUGAGCGAGAACUGUCAACAGGUCUGUCCAAAUAGCAUUUGUCUGAAAAGUUCCAGCAAGUUGCAAGGAUUUUUCUUUGCUCUGGACACGUCAUGUUUGUGUGAUUAUGAAAGGCAUACUUGCGGCAAGCAGUGGGAGCUGCAUGGCUGCUACUUUGGUUCUUGCAUGUAGCUGCAAAGACAUGCUGUGGUGCUAGCUUGGAUUCAAGCAUGGUUGGCACUGGCUUCAGAUGUAAACACAUCAUGAAAGCCAAUGUUAAGGCAUGCUGUUGAUCUAGUACACAUGUACUGACCAAUGUAGUAGCUGUUUUGAUUGCUCAGUCCUUAGCUGGUGCUCUGUAUUCUCUGUAUCCAUUUUUUGUUUUGUGUGUGUGACAUGAUUAUGCAUGCCAUAAUUAUGGUAUGAUGUGCUGGAAAACUAGGUUUCUUUGUCUUCUGAUUUUGUAGUGAAAACAGGUAGUUAAAGUAUGUGAAUUUAUGUCAUUGUUUGCCAUUUUGCUCAAAGGAAAAAUUAUAUUUGUCAGUGUGCAACUGUAGUGUUUUGUUUAUAUGACUUUAAACUAAACUUCCCCAUAGUGCUUUUUUUUUUUCCUCCUUUUCUUUUUUAGUUCUUUGUCAGCUAAAUCGCAACACAGGACAGUGUUCUUGAGGCAGCUCCUAAUGUGUGGCAGCUUCUGUGGAGCGAAGCAAGAAAAUCUGAACUGAGAUGGGUGCAUGCCAUUGCCUAGUGUUUCUCGUGUUUGAAUGUAGAGUGGCAGCCAGUUAUGGUUGCUGCACAUGUAUGUCUGCAUGGAGCUUCUGUACAGGCUGUGCACCUGUCAUACAUCAGUGCUCAGCUCUGUCUGGAGCAGAGUUGCUGUACUCCGUGUCGAGUUACUCGGCGUUGCCUUUUCUGAAGUGUGGCCUACCGGUGUCAUUGCCACCAUUGUCGUGGCCACCAUGUUACUGAAGCAAGUUGCCUGUAACAUACACCUUUGAUGCAGUAGAUGUGUCCGAACAUGAGUGGCAUCGGGUGGCUAAUCGCAAGUUUUUCAGGUGUUUUUCAUCAUGGUACAUCAGUGCUCAAGUCGUGAAAAAAAUUUUUCCAGUGUCUGGUGAUGUUUGUUGUUCCCUCGUUUGUUGUUGUUCACUGUUGUGGUGAUGAUGGUGGUGUUUCAGUGCGUCCUAGUGACCAUCACCUUUCUUCCUUUGUUUAAUCACCAUUAGUGUAUCAGUCUAUUGUCACUGUAGACAUAUGACCAUACUUUGCAUCCAUCUGAUAUGUAAGCUGUGUAGAAGGGCUUGCAGGUAUCAUGUUUCUGGGAGGUCCAUUGUAUUGUCAUCAAAAGAAAAAAAAAAUCUCGGGCUUCAUUAAAGACACAUGCUCCUGCUCUGCACUCUUUAUCCAAGCGGUUAGCAGUAGUGUCAAUUGUUCAUGCCCUUCCUUUGCAUGCAUUCACAAGCUGUGGUUUGCAAAGUUCUUGGUUCAAAGUUCAUGGGCUAGAACCUCUCACACGGGUGCCUGAAUUUAUGCGCUGGCAAAGCCCUUUUUCCCCUUAUUUGUGUGUAUAUGUGUGUACAAGGGUUUGCUUCAUACCAGAUAGUAUGAUAGCACUUGGCCGGAAUAAUGUAAUGAUUCCUUCCGCUUCAUUCUAUACUUUUUUCAUCAACCGUUUGCGACUGGCCGAUCCUAGUGUCCUAGUAAUAAUGUAGACUGAGCACUCAUAAGACAGCAGGGAAAGAUUGAGAAGGAAACACAUUGGAACAGAAUUGUUACAUUAUCCCGGCCUUGGUAUAUAGAAUGUUCCACUUUCUUAUGUCUGCUGUCAAAUCACUCAUGACUCAAGCAGAAGGUCUCACAUAGUUAAUGCAAUUUUUUUUUCUUGUUUUUGUAAAAAAAGACAGUAUUGGUGCCGCAGAAAUUUUAGUGUUCUGUGCUUCACAAAAGUAAGGUUGGAAGCGUUUUCAAAGUCGUUUAAGGAAUUUUUCAUUAUUCACCAUCAGAUUGACAAUGGUGAUUGUUUCACAAAUUUAUUUUGGCGCUUCUUUGUUUGCCAGAAGAGUUUUAACCCGUCCAUGAAGGAAACCUCCCGUCAUCCACAACACAAGCUUCACAUUUCACGCGCGCAACAGUUCAGAAGGGAAGACAUUCAGAUGCAUACCAUGAUGCUAGAGCAUUCAUUACUACAGACAGUUGCAAAUUCUGUAUCUGUUUGUGCAAUUUUGUGAUAUUAUUUAUAAACCUUAUGUUCAGUUCUACUGCUUACCCAUUUUUGCUACCAUUACAGAACAAGUUAGUGUAAACUUUAACAAUCUCGUGACUGUCACUGUCCUAGCAUUUCAUCCUAGAAUAAAUUUUUCUAUGUUAUAAGUGA